UGCUGUAAUGUUAUUGGGGGUUGUUAUGGCUCAAGUGGACCAUCUACAAUCAAUCCAAUUACCAAUGAGCAAUACGCAACUACAUUCCCAAUAGUGAGYGUCAAAGAUAUGAUAAGGGCACAGUUCUUACUUCUGGACUCUCUUGGAAUUGAAAAGGUACAUGGUGUUGUUGGUUCAUCUCUGGGAGGAAUGUCGUCACUAAUGACUGGCUGUAUGUACCCUGACAGGGUGCGACGAGUAGUGUCCAUAUCAGCAUGUGCACAGUCACAUCCAGCGUCCAUUGCCAUGAGAUACGUACAGAGGCGUGUCCUUAUGAGUGACCCUAACUGGAACAAAGGCUUCUAUUAUAAUGGUCGUUUUCCAAGACUUGGCAUGAAGCAUGCGCGUGAAGUGGCUACCAUUACUUACCGAAGUGGACCAGAGUGGGAAGAACGAUUUGGAAGGCAAAGAAUAGAAUCCAACAGUAAAAUUGAACCCAAUUUUUGUCCAGAAUUUGAAAUUGAAAGCUAUUUAGAUUACCAGGGUGAUUCCUUUUGUGCCAAGUAUGACCCUAAUUCCUUGCUGUAUAUAUCAAAGGCAAUGGACCUGUUUGACCUUGGUGAAGGAUUUGAUUCUCUAAAAGAAGGGACAUCGAGACUACAAUGCCCUACGUUGGUUAUUGGCGUGCAAUCCGACGUACUAUUUCCAAUAAGUCAGCAACGAGAGCUUUUUCAGUUAUUACAAGAAGGCGGAAACCAGAGUGUGACAUAUUACGAGUUGAAUUCAAUAUAUGGGCACGAUACCUUUCUGCUUGAUGUGACUGCGGUGGGCGCGGCUGUGAAGGGUCAUUUAGAAACGAACUUAAAAGUAAACUCAACCAAAAGAAUCCAGAAGAAAUGAUACCAUUUUGUUUAUACUUGAAUUUAUUUUCACAUCAAAUGACGUCAUCUGUUUUUAAAUCUUACUACGCUAGUAUCUAAACAUCACCGUUACGACUUAGAUUACCUCCGUAGUUGCAGAGAUCGAUAUUUUGUAGAUUUGUAAUAUAUAGCUGGAUACUAGAAACAACUGAUGAAAUGGAAAACUGCAAGCUAAAGACAAUGGGAAAUCAUUGUCGCGACCGCAUCGUUAUAUUAGUAAGAGAUUUGCAGCUCGCAGUUUUAUAUUUCUUAUAAUGUUUUAAAAAACUCAUACAUAAUUAAUGGGCUACUAGGCCAAUAGAAUGAGCCUAUUUGGUCACAUGCAUGGACCUUUAUAUCUGAUA